GUUUCUGCUUCUAUCCCGUUCUAGCUAUCAUGGCAGAAGAGGAACAGUGCGCCUCGGAAGUGGGAUCGAACAAGAGGAAGUACGACGAGUCGACCUCCCCUUCUCCGGUGUCACGGAGGCCCACCGGAUUCUCCGCACCCAUAUCUUCGGCGUCGCCGCCGGAUUGUUCCGCUACCGGGGCCACUCCUCCUUCGACGUACAACAGUGUGCCUCCUCCUCUGGACGAUUUUGAGCUGGCUAAGCAGAAGGCGCAGGAGAUCGCUGCUAAAUUGCUCAUAAACUCAGAUCCGAAGAAGCCCAGGGUUGACAAUGGCGGCGGCGACGGUGCAUAUGAAACAAAAGAACCCCAGAAGCAAAUGGGGUCUACUUUUCUUCCUGCAGGAACUAGUUCAUUUGGUCACCCUGGUCCAAGUAAAAAGAUAGAGAUUCCGAAUGGCAGGGUGGGUGUGAUCAUAGGAAAGAGUGGUGAAACCAUUAAGUAUCUUCAACUCCAAUCUGGAGCAAAGAUACAGGUUACCAGAGACAUGGAUGCUGACCCUAAUUCUCAAACUAGAGCUGUUGAACUAAUGGGCACUCCAGAGCAGGUUGCUAAGGCUGAGCAGCUGAUUCAAGAUGUUCUUGCGGAGGCUGAUUCAGGUGGGUCGGGCAUAGUUUCACGAAGGUUAACUGGCCAUCAGGGCGGAGCUGAACAAUUUGUGAUGAAAGUCGCUAACAACAAGGUUGGUCUUGUAAUUGGAAAAGGUGGAGAAACCAUAAAGACCAUGCAAGCAACAACAGGAGCCCGUAUUCAGGUGAUCCCUUUGCACUUGCCACCUGGCGAUACUUCAACAGAGAGGACAGUACAGAUUGAAGGAACAAGUGAUCAGAUUGAGCAUGCAAAACAGCUUGUCAAUGAAGCUAUUAGUGAGAAUCGUGCUAGAAACCCAGCAAUGGGUGGGACAUAUCCUUCUCAACAAGGGUAUCAAGCACGACCUCCAUCAGUCUGGGGCCCACCCAGUGCUCAAGUGCAGCAUCAAGGUUAUGGGUACAUGCAGCCCGGAACAUAUCCCGGCCAAACACCCCAAUAUAACAUGCACCACACUCCGUACCCUGGGUACCCCCCUCAACCAUCACCCACAGGAUAUGGCCCUACCUGGAAUCAAUCAAAUCCAAAUCAGCAGACAGGUGGUUAUGAUUACUACAACCAGGUGCCACCUCAACAACAGCAAAAUCCGGUGGGCUCUAGGGGACCUGCAGAUAACAGUGCAUACGGAUAUAAUCAACAAACAUCUGGCUAUAAUAAUAACAAUCAAGGACAGACUUAUUCUCAAGAUGGGUAUAAUGGGUAUCCCGCACCUGCACCUCAAUCCGGUAGUUAUGCCGGUCAGACAAACACUGUCCCUGGAUAUGACCAGCAACACGGGUAUUAUGGUAAUUCCUCCAAUCCUGCACCAGAUUCCCAAGCCCCUUCUUAUGGGUCCCAUGGUGAUGCAAACCAAGCAGCUCCACCCGCAAAUCCUUCACCGGCAGUGAGCCAACAAGGUUACCAAACUAAUAACCCGAACCCCACUCCUAAUGCCAAUUACCAACUGCCAGGGUAUGGACCCCCACCAGCAUCUCAAGGUGGUUAUGGAACACAGCUGCCAUCUCCUUAUGGACCAAAUUAUGGUCAGCCCCCGACUCAAAAGGCCCCAACUACUCAACCAGGUUAUGGGCAGCCACAACAGUCGCCUCAGGUAUAUUCUCAGCCUCAGUCUGCUUUACCCGGCUAUGGUCCCCCACCAACUCAACCCGGUUAUGGUCCACCACCAACACAAACCGGUUAUGGCCUGCCACCAACUCAAACUGGUUAUGGUCCACCCCCAACUCAAACCGGUUAUGGCCCGUCACCAACUCAAACCGGUUAUGGCCCGCCACCAACUCAAACCGGAUAUGGUCCACCGCCAGCUCAAACAGGUUAUGGUCCACCACCAACUCAAACAGGCUAUGGCCCAUCGCCCUAUGGGGCGGCACCACCCAUGAAUCAAUCCGGUGUGCCCUACAAUAGCGGGUAUGGUGGUGGUUAUUCACAGCCGCCUUCAGCAGCAUACCAAUCUGAAGGAAUUGCUGCUGUUAACGCACCAUCCCAACCCACCGGGUCAGCUAAAACGCCUCCGCAGAGUUAAUGUAUUUAGGGUAUCGUUGUUUUGAUCGUGUAACUUUUGAUUUCAGCUUCAUGUAGUAUUUGCUGUUUCCUUUGUCGAGGAUUAGUGUCUAUUGUUUGUGGCCUUGUGGGAAUCUUUUGUAUGCAUUGUUUUGAAUGCUUGUUUUCGAAAAAUGAUUUGCUUUUCUCUAUUUUGUUAUUUGCAUUGCUGUGAUAAAACUCAUUUCUUGCCGAUUUCAUUAAAAAAGAUUUCAUUAU